CACAGUGUUUUCUGAGACGCUCGUUAGAUGCUUCCUCCUCCUCUUCUUCACUCUUAUAUUUAUUCCUCUCAUCUCUACACAUCUCGAGAUCUUCUCCUUCUUCAAGCUUAGUUUGAUCUUGAUCCGAAUCGACUCGAUAUUAUUAUAACUUUCACAUCACAAUGGCCACAUAUAAGCCCAAGAACAUCCUCAUCACCGGCGCCGCGGGAUUCAUCGCCUCCCACGUGGCCAACAGGCUAGUCCGCACCUACCCCGACUACAAAAUCGUGGUCCUCGACAAGCUCGACUACUGCUCCAACCUCAAGAACCUCAACCCUUCCAAAUCCUCCCCCAACUUCAAGUUCGUCAAGGGCGACAUCGCCAGCGCCGACCUCGUCAACUACCUUCUCAUCACCGAGAACAUCGACACCAUCAUGCACUUCGCUGCGCAGACUCACGUCGACAACUCCUUCGGUAACAGCUUCGAGUUCACCAAGAACAAUAUUUACGGGACCCAUGUGCUUCUCGAGGCUUGUAAAGUCACUGGGCAGAUCAGGAGGUUUAUUCAUGUGAGUACUGAUGAGGUUUAUGGAGAGACUGAUGAGGAUGCUUCCGUGGGGAAUCACGAAGCUUCUCAGUUGCUUCCGACUAAUCCGUAUUCGGCUACUAAGGCGGGUGCUGAGAUGCUUGUGAUGGCGUAUGGGAGAUCUUAUGGGUUGCCGGUGAUAACUACCCGUGGGAAUAAUGUUUAUGGUCCUAAUCAGUUUCCUGAGAAGUUGAUUCCUAAGUUUAUUUUGUUGGCUAUGAGUGGGAAGCCGCUUCCGAUCCACGGAGAUGGGUCUAAUGUUAGGAGUUACCUCUACUGUGAAGAUGUUGCUGAGGCGUUUGAGGUUGUUUUGCACAAAGGGGAGGUUAACCAUGUGUAUAAUAUUGGGACGACGAAAGAGAGGAGAGUGAUUGAUGUGGCUAAUGAUAUCUCCAAGCUCUUUGGGAUUAACCCUGACUCCACCAUCCAGUUUGUGGAGAACCGGCCGUUUAAUGACCAGAGGUACUUCCUUGACGACCAGAAGCUGAAGAAACUGGGGUGGGCUGAACGAACCACUUGGGAGGAAGGGCUGAAGAAGACGAUGGAAUGGUACACUGCGAACCCUGAGUGGUGGGGAGAUGUUUCUGGAGCUUUGCUGCCUCAUCCAAGGAUGCUGAUGAUGCCUGGUGAUAGACUCUGUGAUAGUGGUGACGAGCACAAGGAUGCUGAUGGUAAUCAGACGUUCACGGUGGUUACUCCCCCCAAGACUGGUGGUUCUGGAGACAACAAAACCUCCUUGAAGUUCCUCAUCUAUGGCAAGACUGGGUGGCUCGGUGGGCUUCUAGGAAAGCUCUGUGAGAAGCAAGGGAUUGCGUACGAGUAUGGGAAAGGUAGGCUAGAGGACAGAGCUUCUCUUGUGGCGGAUAUUCGUAGAGUCAAACCUACUCAUGUCUUCAAUGCAGCCGGUUUAACGGGUAGACCCAAUGUUGACUGGUGUGAGUCACACAAAACAGAGACCAUCCGAGUCAACGUGGCUGGUACUUUGACUCUCGCAGAUGUUUGCAGAGAGAAUGGGUUGUUGAUGAUGAACUUUGCCACCGGUUGUAUAUUUGAGUAUGACGCUGCACAUCCAGAAGGUUCAGGGAUUGGCUUUAAGGAAGAAGAUAAACCGAACUUCACCGGUUCCUUCUACUCAAAAACAAAGGCAAUGGUGGAAGAGCUUCUAAGAGAAUUUGACAACGUAUGCACCUUGAGAGUGCGUAUGCCAAUCUCAUCCGACUUGAACAACCCACGAAACUUCAUCACCAAGAUCUCGCGUUACAACAAAGUGGUGAACAUCCCAAACAGCAUGACCAUACUAGACGAACUCUUACCAAUCUCGAUCGAGAUGGCGAAGAGGAACCUGAGGGGGAUAUGGAACUUCACCAAUCCAGGAGUGGUGAGCCACAACGAGAUACUAGAGAUGUACAAGAGUUACAUCGAGCCGGGUUUCAAAUGGUCCAACUUCACUUUGGAAGAACAGGCUAAGGUCAUUGUUGCACCACGGAGCAACAACGAGAUGGAUGGUGCUAAGCUCAGCAAGGAGUUUCCGGAGUUGCUUUCCAUCAAAGAUUCGUUGAUCAAAUACGUCUUCGAACCCAACAAGAGAACGUAAGAGCCUCUCGUUAAGAAUACACUACACACUUCCUCUUUCUCUGUUCAUUGUUAUAUUAUCCUGCAGGUAGUUUCACUGUAAUGAUUCUACUAUAAUUUGAUUUGAUUUAUCAUGUAAUUCAUUUACUCCUUUUUGGUACUCUACGACAAAACACAUCUUUGUUUACAUUAAUAUUAUUACAGAUUUAUCUGAGUUUUAUUUUAUAUCA